AAAUCAUUAGUGUUUUGCAAAACAAAACAAACAGAAAUAACAGAUGAUAACGUUCAAAAUGUCGUCUUCAUUCUUUCCUUGAUGGGUGGAACAAUCAAUGCAGUCUACAAUGCACUGAAGCAGGUUUAUGCACCUCUCAUAUCACAAAACAGUUCAGAAUUGAGUGAUCAAAUUCAGCUGCUACUGGCCGAUAUUCAGUCAUUGUCAGAAGAUGCCAAUGGAGCAGGAGACUUUGCCAACGAUGGUUCUAAAAAUAAGAAAGGUGGAAAUUAUAUUGUGUUUUUUUGUAGUGACGAUCAUUUAUACUCUGCAAUCAAAUUAACAAUCCAGGUCUUCAGAGACCUGUUCACCCAAGUAUCAGACGCAUAUGAGAAUUUGGAGUCUGGUGUGGAUCUCGAUGAAGUGCUUGAAGUGGAGGAAGUCGUUCGAGACGUGUUGGAUGAUGCGUGGAGGGUGGUUGACGGGGACAUGUACACGGAGGAGAGGAUGAGGAACAUGCUGCAAGGAGUCGGUCAGGACAUGCAAGUUUGCAUCCAAAAGAGCUUAUCAAAACAGGACAUGUGGCUUGGUGAUGUUUCACUUGUCACAGACUCCCUUAGCAAAGCAAUUGAAGUGUGUCGCAACUGGAUAAAAACUUGCGAGCUCCUUACAAAACAAUACUGGAAAAAUUAUUCCACCCAUCCAUGGAAAGGGACAGUAGAGGUACCCAACACACUCACGUUGUAUGAAGAACAGCUCAAAGAAGUGUUGAAAUUACGUAAAACAGUUGAAGAAGCAUCAAUGCUGCUAACGAAAUCUGAAAUUAAAGAUUUAAAAUUAAAUAACCUCUUUGCCAAUUUCAAAACUGUGAACGCUACAAAACCAGCUUCAAUGGCGUCCAGUACUUGGAAACGUGCUGUCGAUCAGUUCAAUGAAGAUUUUCAAGUCGUUGAAAAAUUUGUCAGUCAGAAAUUGAAAGAGAAGAUGAAUGGCCUUGAAAGCAAUCAUCAGCAACUUGUGAGAGAGAUGGACAAGUACAUAGAUCUCCUCUCUCGACCGAAUGUCAGCGUCAACAUGCAGUUUGAAAAAGAGAAAAUGAUCAGUCAGUUGUUGCUGUACGUGGAGCAGCAGAGGAACAACAUGGAAAUGGCAAGGAGGGAUAAGGUGGUUCACUCCACUAUGGACUAUUCUGUCACCGUCAACAAACUUCUGGAGUAUCAACUUGUCGAAAAAAACAUUGAAUCCGUAAUGACGCUUAGUGAGAUGUUGAUGAAGGAUAUGACUGGAUACAACAAGCUGAGCAAGCAAGCAACUUCGUGCCUGGAAGAUGUGGUUGUUCUCAAGCAAGACCUCUUCCAAGAAUGGUCCAGAGACUCCCAACAGUUCUUUGAUGGAAAGUUUUUGAAGAUGAAAGGGCAGUUACUUCAGCUGAAUUCCAAGAAUGGAAAGUUGGAAGUGAUGUUUGGAGACCGGCUGAUCAUGCUGCUUCGGGAUGCAACUGUCAUGUCUUCACUCGGAUACAUCAUGCCUAAAAACAUUCAAAAUCAUCUGAAAGAAGGGGAAGAGUUUCGAAAAUAUGGCAUCAAACUUAAACAGAUAGCACACUUCUACAACACCGUAGACCAGCAAAUAAUUCCAUGCCAACAACCGAUGAUGCUUGAAUCAGCUGUAGCAUUUGAAAACCUCGUCACCAAGUUCAAAGACGGCUCAGAUGGCAUAUCGUGGAACAACCCAAAAGAACUUGAAGAAUACGUGUCCAAGUUGGAGAAGGCAUCCGACACAUUCAUGGGCAACAUUAGACGUCUGAGAAAAUGUCAUGAAGUCAUUCACAACAAGGUUGUUCUCAACUUGAUGGACACAGACAUGUUGAAGAAGUUGUCAACCUGGAAAAGUGAACUGGUGGAGAUUAGAAGGGUCAUGAAUGAACUCAUCAACCAGGGUUUCAAAGCAGAGAAUAUGAAAUUGUGGAAGCACCACUGGAAUGUUCAGCUGUACAAGGCCCUCGAGCACCAGUACUACAAGGGACUCAUCGCAUUCAACGACAACAUGCCCGAGAUGAAGGUGGAACUUGUUUUUAGUGGCCAGCAGAUCGCGUAUCGACCAUCUUACGAAGAGAUACAGGCCAAAUAUUUUAGGGAGAUCCGAAAAUUCUGCAGCAUACCGACACUUUUUAAAGGAGUUGGUGAUGGGACAGUUGAAACGAUAUUUGUCGCCCUCACUGACAAAAACCCACAGGUCAUGUUCAGGUGUUUCCACCAGGCCAACAGACUAUUCAAACAACUUCUCGACAUUAAAGAACAAUAUAAUCCUUGGGUUGUGUUGGGAACGAUGAAUUUAGAGGAGCUGAUAACUUCAACGCUGCACGACGUUGAUGAAUGGGAGUUUAACUUUAAAAUGAUAAAAACGAAAAGUAAAGAAGUCGAUCAAAUACCAAAUGAGAUUAAAGUUUCGAGCAUCACCAUCAGCUUGAUACCACUGAAGAUCAACAUUGAAGAUCAGCUCCAGCACUUGUUUGAAGCCCUGUUGGUUACCUUGAAGAAGUCUCUACUUGUGGACAUCAACAAAAUUGAUAACUUCAUAGUGGAGAGCACUGCGACGUUCAAUCUGGUUCCUCGCUCACUCGAUGACAUCAACAACAUCAACGCCAAACAUCUUGCUAUCAUCAAUGACACCCAUAAGACCCAGGAGACGUUUGAGUUGAUAUCUCAGAAGAAUCGUCUGCUCAUGAGCUUGGUAGGCAGUGGACACGAAGGAUUGGACGACAUCAGACAGAAAUGGAACAAAUUCGAACUCAUGCUCAAGAGUCACAGAGAAAAAUUGAAAGAUGAGAUGGAAGUGAUGAGGAGCAAUUCAUCAUUCCGGUGUAAGGAGUUCGAGGAGGAAGUCAACAAAUACGUUAAGAAGUGGGCGCACAUGAACCUGGGUGACGGAAAGAAGGGAGGCGAUAAAUAUACAGGUUCUCUUGAAAAUAUCAACAUCUUGAAGGAGAUGUCCAUGGAAUUUGAAGAGUUGAAAAGCAAGAAGACCACGUUAAUAAAUGAGAGCAAGCUGUUCGACAUUGAACCUCCGAAUCUUAAGAACUAUCAGCUGAUAGAAAAAGAUAUGGAUGACAUGGUAAAGGUGAUUGAUAUUCUGAUGCAGUUUCAAACCGAAUGCUCCAAGUACCAAGAAGAAAUUUGGAUUGCAUACAGGACGAAAUAUUUUUCAUUUGACGCAUUUUUGGAUCAAUGGGUUGGAAAGUUGGCAGAGGGAUCAAGGUCCUCAUUUGUUCAGGAUGUCUUGAAAGAAAUACAUUUCAACAAGGAGCUGAUGCCUAUAUUGAAAUGGGUGCGAGGCGACGCAUUCUCACAAGAGAACUGGACAGAACUCUAUGCUUUGAUGGGCAUGCCGAACUAUGAAAAGUUGAACGUUAAUGAUGUUACAUUCGGUGACGUGCUGAAACACGGUCACGAAAUAAUGGCUCGUGUCGACGAAAUUAAAGAGUUGAAUGGGAAGGCUCAGAGUGAAGUUGUGAUAAGGGAUGCUCUAAGGGAACUGGAGGGCUGGGGUUCUGGGGCCACACUGACCCUCACACAGGACAAUGCAAAGUUGAGUCUAGUUAAAGAUUGGAAGGAUCUCUUCAAUAAGAUUGGUGAACACCAAUCGCUGGUUCAGUCUCUGAAAAAUUCGUCCCAUUUCAAAUACUUUCAAGACAAAGUCACACUCUGGGAAACUCGAUUAUCUGAUUUGGAUUCAAUUUUGCACAAUCUCAAUCAAAUUCAGCGCAAAUGGAUUUAUUUGGAGCCUGUUUUUGUUCAAGGUGCCCUCAAGAAGGAAGAAGGCAGAUUCAAAAAAGUUGAUGAUGAGUUCAAAAAAUACAUGAUGGACAUAAAAAGAGAUCCGAAAGUAAUGUCCCUUCUGUUCAAGAUAGGUUUGAAGACCUCACUUGUCAACCUGUUAGAUCAACUUCAGAGGUGCCAAAAAACGUUGAAUGAUUAUUUGGAGAGCAAGAGAUUAUCCUUCCCUCGAUUUUAUUUCAUUGGUGACGAUGAUCUUCUUGAAAUCCUCGGUCAAUCAGUCAAUCCUUCCGUUAUUCAAAAUCAUUUGAAAAAAUUAUUUUCAGGUAUAAAUAGUGUUGAGUUGGAUGGCGAUGAUGAGAAUAAACAGGGCAACAAGCGAAUACGAUCGAUGAUUUCACAACACGAAGAAGUGGUACGUCUUUCCAGGGAGGUUCAGGUUGAAAGUGACGUCGAAGUUUGGUUGAAUUCUCUGACGAAAGAAAUGAAGAACACGUUGAAAGAGCUGAUCAGCAGUUGCCUCAGCAGCUCCAGCAAGGGUCUCGAUUCCAAUAAAUUUCCUGCCCAGGUCCUGUGUGUGACCGGCUGCAUAGUCUUCACGCAGAAGUGUGAGAAUGCCAUCUCCAAGCAGGACCUGCACGGCUUGCACGACGAACUGAAACAACAACUCAACUACUACACAUCUGUCAAUGCUGAUUUGAAAAACGACAAAAGCGGAAAUAGUAAUUUUUCGGUGGGUUUGAAGCUGAAGGACUUGAUUUUUGAUACAAUCCACCACAUCGAGGUCGUGGACAUGCUGGAGAGCAGAGGGGUCAAGUACGUACAGGAUUGGUUCUGGCAGAAACAACUCAGAUUUUACAACACGAACGAGCAGACGUGUAAGAUAAAGAUGGGCGAUCCAGAGAUGAGACACACGUUUGAUUAUACUUAUGAAUAUCAGGGCAAUGCUCCAAAACUUGUGCACACACCACUCACUGAUAAAUGCUAUCUCACUCUUACUCAAGCACUUUCUUAUGGAUUGGGCGGCAACCCAUAUGGACCAGCUGGAACUGGGAAGACGGAAUCGGUGAAGGCGUUGGGAGGAUUGUUUGGAAGGCAGGUUCUUGUUUUCAACUGCGAUGAGGGCAUAGAUGUGAAAUCAAUGGGUCGGAUAUUCAUCGGUUUGGUUCAGUGCGGCGCCUGGGGAUGUUUUGACGAAUUCAACAGACUCGACGAAGCGGUUUUGUCCGCAGUAUCAAUGCAGAUACAAGUUAUACAGAAUGCCAUCAAGAAUCAAGCAAGCACUCUUCAACUACUUGACAAAACAGUGAAAGUUAACUUGAACUCUGGCAUCUUCAUAACAAUGAACCCCGCGGGGAAAGGCUACGGAGGCAGACAAAAGUUGCCUGACAACUUGAAGCAACUUUUCAGACCAGUGUCUAUGUCUCAACCGGACAAUGAACUGAUUGCAGAAGUCAUUUUAUACUCGGAAGGCUUCAAAAACGGAAAAGCUAUUGGAAAGAAGCUGGUUGCUGUUUUUGAUUUGAGCAGGAAACUCUUGACUCAACAGCAGCAUUAUGACUGGGGCUUGAGGUCAAUUAAAAGUGUUCUCAAGAGUUCCGGCUCACUGUUGAGACAAUCGCAAAUUAAAUCAAAUGAAGAAAAGGGGCUGGAGUCUCAGCUGGUCAUCCAAGCUCUGCAGAUGAACACACUUUCCAAAUUGACUUCGUCUGAUCGUCUGCAGUUCCAACUGCUCAUCAAGGAUGUCUUCCUUAACGUUGACUUUAAAGAUGUGCAGAAUGAAGAGUUGGAAAAGAUGCUGAAGGAGGUGUAUGAGGAAAAUCAAUAUGACGUCAUCAAAUCGCAGAUAGUGAAAUCCAUAGAGCUGUAUGAGCAGUUGAAGCAACGCAUGGGCAUUUUGAUUGUUGGGCCCAGCAGGUCAGGCAAGUCGACCCUGUGGAGGAACUUGAGGGGGGCCCUCAUGAAAAUGGGUCUCCAAAUUAAACUGCACGUUUUGAAUCCCAAAGCUAUGCCUAAGUCUCAGCUACUCGGUCAAAUUGAUAGCGAUACGCGGGAAUGGGUAGACGGAGUGCUGACGAAUUUUUCCAGACAAGUCAUAAAGGAAUCGAAAAACACUUCAUCCUGGAUAGUGUGUGAUGGCGACAUCGAUCCGGAGUGGAUUGAAUCACUUAACUCCGUUUUGGACGACAAUCAUCUGCUCACGUUGCCAUCUGGAGAGAGAAUCCAGUUUGGCAAUGAUGUCAAUUUUGUGUUUGAAACUCAUGACUUGAGAUUUGCUUCUCCUGCUACUGUUUCUAGGAUGGGAAUGAUAUUUUUAAGCGAGGGUGACAUAGGCAUGGAAGCCGUUGCAUCAAAGUGGCUGAGGAAUCGCCCAGAUGGCGAUGCUGUGAAGGAGUGGGUCCAGACUUAUUACCUCAAGUGUCUCAACUGGAUUAAAAGAGAAGGCGAUUUUUAUUUGAAUCAAAGCCUGAUAAGCACAGCGUGUAAUGGACUGAAGAUGUUGGAUGGAGAUGUGGAGAGCGUGCAGCACAUGAUCGCGAAGCUCUUCACGGGACUCAGCGGCAACCUGACGGAUGAGUGCAAGAAAAAAUUCGCUUCUGAGAUAUUUUCCAUAACUGGCGAAUAUCCGCCGGAUACCAAUGAUAUCCUCAAUUUCAAGUACGAUGCUAAAUCAGGAUCCCUCCUAUCAUUAAAUUUGAAAUGUGUUUUUAUUUGUGGUCUCGAGGAAUCUGGCAAUCAACUUUCUGGUCAAAUAGUCAUGAAUCCAGAAACAGAGAGAUCUAUAAAUGCCUUCAGGUCUUACUUGUUAUCUGAUCGACACGAGCCAUUUAUUUUGCUGGGACCUGAGGGGUCCGGGAAGAGAACUUUGUUGGAGCAUUGUUUGGUGACCGAGUGCCAAACAUCAUCAACGGAGCUUGCAGUCAUCAACUGCACGUCACACACACUGCCAGAACACAUCAUUCACAAGUUGAAUCAGUUGUGUUCCAUUGUCAACACAAGCAGUGGUCGCAAGUACAAACCCAAAACUUGCGAGAAGUUGGUGCUCCUGCUGAAAGAUGUGGAUUACCCCCACGUGGAUAAGUGGGGAACAAGUUCUUUCCUUGCCUUUCUGCAGCAGAUUUUGACAUACGGUGGAUUUUAUGACUCGACAAUGGAAAUGAUAAGUUUUGAUGGCCUUCAAAUAAUCGCCAGUAUGACCAUCGGUGCAUCAGAUUUGUCAAACAUUUCUUCUCGGUUCACGUCACUUCUGCCUGUUUGUUCCAUUAGCUGUCCCAAUACGAACGAGCUGGAAUACAUUUACACAAAUCGUCUGCUUUCCGUUCUUCAUCCAAGUCUGUCUAAACAUCAGUUUUGGGGAAAGAUAUCAAAUGUGGAUAUGUUGAGCAGGUCGAUGAUUGCCUUAUAUGAUGAGCUCAAGAGAAAUUUUAAUGCCAACGACCACAGUCACUAUGUCUUCACGUUGAAACAUCUCACAGACUGGACAGAGUCUUUUUCUAGGUAUGACCUGAACGAACUGUCAACGCAUAACUCUUCCAAUCAUUUGAUCCAAAUCUGGUCAUACGAAGCACACUGCUUAUUCAGAGAAAAAUUAGUUGGUAGUAAGUCAAGAAGGUUGUUUGAUGAAAUGCUCAAGACAAUCAUCCACAACACUUGGUCAGGGAGAAUUGAAGCUGGAAAUUUUGAUGAAGAUGUAUACGUAUUAUACGUGUCUGACAGCUCUGUCAUUAAGAAAACCAAACAUCUUCAUAAAAUGAGCCUAAUUGAUUACAAAUUGCUUCUUGAAAAAGUUCUCGCUAAAUACGAGAAGGAAUAUGGCGAAGAAACCAUUGUUUUCUUUCCCGAUUUCUUAAAAGUGAUCUCAAAAGUUGAUCGAGUGCUAUCGAGUGCAGGCGAGUCCAUGGUGAUGUGUGGUCAGAGUGGGGUUGGUCGCAAGACUUGCAUUAAGUUGAUGGCCUACAUGCAUCAACUGGAUCUCUUCAGUCCAAAAAUCACUCGAUCUUACGGAAUGAAACAGUUCAAAUCAGAUUUGAAAAAUAUUGUUCAGACGGCGGUCAUAGAAAAUCGUGAAGUGAUCUUUUUACUGGAAGAUUACCAAAUGACAGAAGCGCAAUUUUAUCAAUUAAUUAACGGCAUGAUAUCAGAAGGUGAAGUUUCCAAUUUGUACAGUCCUGAAGAGCUGGAAACAGUUGUUGCAAAUGUUCGUGAUCAGUGUUCCUCCGAAGGAUUUCAAGGAAAUCCUCUCCAAUAUCUCUUCGCCAAGUUGAAACAGAAUUUGCACAUCUGUUUGUUGAUGGAUUGGUCGGAUGAAUCGUUUGUAACAACAUGCAAGAACAAUCCUUCUAUCAUGAAGCUAUCCAACUUUAUCUGGAUGGAUAUGUGGAAUGAAGAGUGCGCUAAGGAGGUCUCAUGCAUUUAUUCAUUAGACAAAAAAGUCAAAGGCAGAAAGGAAGCCGAUACGGAAAGCGGCGUUGAAGAAAUGAGCAAAGAGCACAAGUUGAGUAGAAAGUUUUUUAAACAUUUUUACGAGAUUCAUCGUUCCGUCCUGGACGCCUCUUCUUCGUCGUCGUCUUCAUCCAGCGUCAUAUUAGAUCAUUGUCCAAGAAAGUUUGUCACCCUGUUAAAGACGUUUAGUAACUUGUACCAGAGCAAGAAGAAAACAAUCAUUGAGAGACUACAACGACUACAGAAAGGCUUGUCUAAGCUACAAGAAGCCAAAAAUCAUGUGGAUUCGUUGAAAAGAGAAGCAGACGAACAACAUAAAGUACUUGCGGAAAAACAAAAGGAAGCUGACAACUCAAUGUCUGAAAUCACCAGCACGUUAUCGAAUGCAGGCAACAGAAAAAUAGAGAUGGAAGAUCUCCAGAAGGAGGCCGUCAAGGAAGGAGAAAAACUCGAAAAACGUAAAAAAUUGAUCGAAGCAGAGUUGUCAGAAAUUGAACCAAUCGUCCAAGAAGCCAAGUCAGCAGUGGGUAACAUCAGAACAGAAACUUUGGGAGAAAUAAGAGCUUUGAGGGCCCCACCUGAUACUAUUAGAGAUAUUUUGGAAGGGGUUAUGAUCAUCAUGGGGAAUCCCGAUACGUCGUGGCUUGCCAUGAAAAGUUUUCUAGCGAAGAGAGGAGUGAAGGAGGAAAUACAAAACUUUGAUGCUCGCAAAAUAACGCCAGAAACUAGGAAAUCAAUUGAAAACCUACUCAAGAAAAAUGGAAAUUCAUUCGAUAUAAAAAAUGCUAAGCGAGCAUCAGAGGCAGCUGCUCCCCUCGCUUCCUGGGUCACAGCCAACACCAAGUACGCUGCCAUUCUAGAGAAAAUUCAACCACUCGAAAGGGAACAAAAUGAAUUACAAAAAAACAUGAGUUCUGUUGGAAAUAAAAUGAAGAAACUUGGAGAUGGUUUGCAACGCGUCGAUGAAAGAGUAAAUGAAUUGAGGCAGAAGUUUGAACGAAUCACAAACGAAAAUGCUCAACUCAAAAUUAAGUUGGACAAAUCGCAAGAAAUUAUCAGCAGUGCGGAAACUCUUGUUACCAAACUCAGCGAGGAGUUCAAAAGAUGGACUGCUCAGAUAAAAGAGUUGGAGACGGAGUUGAAUGAAUUGAACGAGAAGGCGUUGUACUCCUCUGCAUUCAUUAUUUAUCUCUCAUCAGCUCCCGAAAACGUGAGACUGCAAAUGAAACAACAGUGGUUCAAAAAUUUAUCCUUGUCAAACUUUGACAAUAUCAGAUUUUUGAGUUCAGAGAAUGAUCAAUUGUUGUGGAAGGUUGAAGGCUUACCAUCGGAUGGCCUGAGCCUGGAGAAUGCCGUUGCUAUUCAAAAUAGCACACAGACUCCGAUGAUCAUCGACCCAUCCUUCCGAUCCACAAACUGGAUCAGAAACCACUACAAGAACAACAAUGUUGAGGCGAUCAAUGCUCAGGACUCAAAUUUAUUCAACCAAGUUGAAUUGGCGGUCAAAUUCGGGAAAACGUUGAUAAUAAUGGACGUGGAUGUUGUUGAAGCUGCACUCGUUCCGUUGCUAAGGCGAGAUAUUGUGCAUCAAGGAUCGCGAAAGAUCAUACAAGUAGGUGAUAAAAUGAUUGAUUACGAUGACAAAUUCACUUUGUUCUUGUCCACACGAAAUCCAUCUCCCCCUCUCCCAUCUCACAUUCUCUCCCUGCUGACCAUCAUCAACUUCACUAUCACCAAGUCAGGUCUCACCAGUCAGUUGCUGGCCACGACACUCAUGAACGAGAAGCCAGAAUUGGAAUCUCGCAAGACAGAACUGCUGAGCAACGAAGAGAACAUGAAGAAACAACUUACUGAUCUAGAGGAUUCUUUACUUCAAGAGUUAGGUAACGCCAAAGGAGACAUAUUAGAAAACAAAGAAUUGUUAGACUCUUUGAAUCAAACGAAACAAAAUAGUGGAAUCAUUAGUCAAUCACUGGAUGAGUCACUUCAGCUGCAAACAUCACUUGAUGAGGAAAGGAACAGCUUCCUGCCACUAGCGGAUGCUGGUAGUAAGAUGUACUUCGCCAUACAUGAUUUGCACCUAAUAAACAACAUGUACCAGUUCAGUUUGGAAUCAUUUGUGAAGCUGUUCAACAAAUUAUUCAAGUUGGAGAAGACGGCCACAUCAAAAGACAGCAGUGAAUAUAGAAUCCGCCUCAUAAAAUCAUUACAGUACUACGUCUAUACGUACUACUCGCGAUCUUUGUUUAAAAAGGAUUGUCUUGUGUUCGCUAUGCACCUCAUUAACAACAUACAAACUGAUUCCAUUUCGAAAGAGGAAUGGGAUGCAUACAUUGGCUUGACAAGUUCUGGCUCUCUUGAUAGCGUACAGUUGAAACUUCCUGACUGGAUAGACAAAGACCAGACCAAUGCUGUUCUACUUUUAAAGGAAACUUUUCCUGAGUUGUACUCCAGUUUGAACUUGACAGACACAAACAUCUGGUCUGACUGGGUUUUACCUAAAUCCACCGCGAAAAUCCCACAGAAGUUGUCUUCAAAGAUAACUCCCUUUCAAGAACUGCUCACUGUCCAAGCAAUUAAGCCUGAGAGUUUACUCAUUUCGAUGAACUCAUUCGCUUGCAAUUAUUUGGGUUUCAAAGAGUUGUCAGCUCUCAAUUUGAAUUUAAGACAGUUGUUUGAGCAGGAUUCACAUUGCAGGGAGCCAAUCCUGUUCAUCAUUUCUCAAGGAGCAGAUCCCUCGCAGGAACUCGAAGACCUAGCCAAGAAAACUGUUGGUCUUGAUAAAUAUAAUCAAGUAGCCUUAGGUCAAGGGCAAACAGACACCGCUAUACAGCUGCUGAAAAGUUGUGCCAACAAAGGGGAGUGGCUCUGUUUGAAAAAUUUGCAUCUUUCUAUUUCUUGGCUUUCCGUUCUUGAGAAGGAAUUCAAAUCUUUGGAGCCGCAUGAAAACUUUCGAUUAUGGCUGACUUCAGAAGCCCAUCAAAACUUUCCUGCUGUCUUCCUGAAAACUUGUUUGAAGGUUACAUACGAGGCUCCUGCUGGUGUGAAAAAAAAUUUGCUGAGGACUUAUGAUUCAUGGGGGACAGACACUAUUUCAAAAAACAGAAACGUCAUGAGGUCCCAAUCUCUCUUCACGUUGGCCUGGUUCCAUGCCGUUGUCCAAGAGAGGAGAUCAUACAUCCCGCAAGGUUGGACAAAAUUUUAUGAAUUUGGUCAAACAGAUUUGCAGUGUGCCGUACAAAUAAUAGACAAACUAUUUUCAAAAUCUGACACAAGCAAUAUAUCGUGGGGAUUUGUUCAUGGUCUCUUUGAAGAAGCAGUCUAUGGGGGGAAAAUUGACAAUAACGAUGACAACCAAGUACUGAUUUCCUACUUGAAUCAAUUCUUCAAUUCGAACAUGAAUAAAUCGCUUGGUCCUCUCAAAGCUCCUCAGUCCUACCAAUUCAAGGAUCAUAUAGACGUCAUAGAGAGUUUGCCAGAGUUUGAUAAACCAAGUUUUUCAGGACUUCCAGAGAAUAUUAAUCUAGUGACUGAAAAGCUGGUAGCAAACGAAAUUAUAAACCAUUUAAAGCAAUUGAAAAGAUCGAAUUUGAAAAAUUCAAAAUUCGAUCGUGAAUUGUGGUGUGAAGAAAUUAAUCCAAUGAUUAACUUUUGGAAAAAAUUGAAUAUGGAUCAUAGUUUCUUAAAUGCAAAACACAAUCCCGAAAAGACAACAAACAAUAAAUCUGAAUUAGAUUCGCUUAGCUAUUUUGUUUCAUUGGAGGUAAAUACAGCUUUAAAUGUCGUGCAUUACGUUGAUCACACGCUCAAUCUUCUUGAAAAAGUUUUAUCUGGGAAGCAGUUAUUAUCAGCUGAGGUGGCUCACAUGGCAUCUGAACUCAUAAACAUUCAGACUCCAUCAUGUUGGCUGAACAAGUGGGAAGGUCCAGAAAAUCCAAUGAAUUACAUGAGAACACUCAUCAAGAAAACUUCAUCAAUCUUCAAAUGGAAAGAAAAAGUUGAAAAAGGAAGAUUGCUAGAUAACACAAUAGAUCUGUCAGACCUUUUAAGACCCGAGUCAUUUAUUAACGCUCAUCGGCAACUAUCUUCAAGAUCCGUUAAUAGCUCCAUCGAUAAUGUAUGCAUGGAGUGCAGCUGGCACCAAGGCAACAAAUCUGGAAAUCGCACUCUAAAGUUAAAAGGACUGAAACUUGAGGGAUGUAAUUUUGACGGCAACAAGUUAACAGAGAAAAGGGGACAUGAACCAGUGUAUUCUGAGGUUCCAGAAUGCCACAUUUCAUGGACAAUAAAAAAAACAGCGAACUACGAUUUGGACUACCACAAUCGAUUGUACAUUCCUGUUUACAGCGAUACUACGAGAAACACUCUAGUAACCUAUUUAUAUGUUCCUAUAAACGAAGACAAAAGCAAAUGGAUACAGUUUAGACCUGCUUUCUUUAUUGAUUAA